UAUAUAAGCCCAUUCUUCCUCUUCUUCCUAAUCCACUCACCGUCUUCUCUCUCCCCAUGCCGCCCUUAAAUUCAUCUCCCCUCGACCACCUUUUCGAUAUCGCCACCACUUCUGUGGUCGACAUCCUCAAAUCCCUCCCCACUCCUCUGCCUGCUCCGUCGCCAGCUCCCAGUGACCUCACCGUCUCUGACUACCUCGAGUCCCCUGAUCUGAUUUCCAGCGCACUGCCGACUUCGAUGGGCUGUUUCUGCAACGAUCCCCGACCAUCAUCCCCUUCUGAGCUCUGCCUCACUCUGAACAUCCCCCGCACCACCGCCCCGAAGGUGGAGUGGCUCGAUUCAACCGGAUCCGGACUCGAUUCGAUCGACGGCAGGGGAUACCGCGGCGUACGGAAGCGGCCGUGGGGGAAGUUCGCGGCGGAGAUCCGCGAUCCCAAACGAAAGGGAUCCAGGAUUUGGCUUGGCACGUUCGACACCGCAGUGGAGGCCGCGCGGGCUUAUGACAGUGCCGCGUUCGAGAUGCGAGGAAGCAAAGCGAUUCUCAAUUUUCCAAACGAGGUUCGAAGUUCGCCGGAGAAGAGGAGGUGGGAGGAUGAGGAGCAACAGGAGACGCAGGUGGUGAAGAGGGAGAGGACGGGGGAACCAGAGAGGAGGAAUGUUCUGGAGAGUGAGGUACUGACGCCGUCAAGUUGGACGGCGGUGUGGGAGAGCGCGGACGUGACAGAGAUGUUCAGCUUGCCGCCGUUAUCGCCAUUAUCUCCGCACCCAACGUUAGGGUUUCUGCAGCUGAUGGUGAUUUGAAUGCUAAUAUCGGGUAUAGAAAUAUUUGAGCGCUACACACGGAGGGUAUCGAGGAUUUUAUCUACGUUAGAUCUCUAUAACCUCCCUGUAACAUAUCUAUAACUUAAGAAUAAAUGAAAAUAGAAGAGCGAAACUUAUUAGUUAUAGGUAGGUUACAGGGAGCUUACAUGGGGUAUAAUGUAGAUAUAACCCCCAAUAUCCUUCCUAUAACCUAUCAGACGUAAUAUUUCUCGAACGUUUCUCAGGAAUGAAUGGAUUAAAAAAUGGGGGAAAUCCUGAAUAUAAUACUAUUUUUUAUAUGUAAAUUACGUGCAAGGUUUCUCUGUAUUGUUUGGCUCUGUUUAUCCUAUUUUAUUGAUUUAUUUAGUGAGAACAUCCUUGUGUAUGUAUGUAAAAAUUUUAAA